UAAGUUAGUACGUCAUGUGCCACCCAAUGGUCGAACUCGACAGCUGUUACAGUCCGAUUGUACAGCAUGUACCAAACUGCCGUGUUCAGUUCUAAAGAUCCGAGAUUUUAUUUGUUAAAAUAAUAUAUAGAGCAAUGCAUGUGUAUUUAGAGAAAAGGAGAAGUGUGUGAUUAUCAGGGUGUCCAGAAGGGAACAGUUUAUUGCUGACAUGGACCACGAGUCAACACUGAACUAAACAAGAUAUGCAACCAUGGGCCUUGUUAACCUAGUGGUAACCAAAGUUUUAGUGUUUCUCACACAACAGAAAAAAAAACAUGGCUUCGGCACAACCUCCAAACUUCUCCUGGGUGGAUCCUGGUAAGGUGGCAGGACUGGCAAUGCCACGAAUGACGGCCCACUAUCAGUUCCUGCUGAACAACGGCGUCAAGCAUCUGGUGACCCUGAGCGAGCGCAAACCUCCUUACCACGACACCUGUCCAGACCUCACCCUUCAUCAUAUCAGGAUUCACGACUUCUGCGCCCCAACAUUCGAUCAGAUCAAGAGAUUCUUGUCCAUAGUGGAGGAGGCCAAUGCGAGAGGACAGGCUGUUGCGGUGCACUGUUUACAUGGUUUUGGCCGGACGGGGACGAUGCUCGCAUGCUACCUGGUGAAGAGCAGAAAAAUCAGUGGAAUCGAUGCCAUUAAUGAGAUAAGAACCAUACGCCGAGGGUCUAUUGAAACCAGAGAACAGGAACAGAUUGUGGUGCAGUUUUAUCAACAAAAUAAGGUGUAAAAUAAGAAAACGGUUUAUUUUUUGAUGCAGAUCCUUGCGCAUAAUGUUAUUUAAAGCAAUAAAGAAUUAUUUAUUUCCA